CACACACACACACACACACACACACACACACACUCACACACAGACACUCACUCACACUCCCCUCCAGCACCGGUGAUGCAUCCCCGCGGCAAGGGCACGGACAACUCCCAGGCAGAGUGGGCUCGACUUUAGGAUGGUGAAGAAAUCUCUCAACGGCGGGGUUUACCCAACUCAAGCCGGAGAGAAGAAGCAAGUGGGCUUCGUGGGUCUGGACCCCGGAGCUCCGGAAUCCACCAGGGACGGGGCGCUGCUGAUCGCCGGCUCGGAGAGCAGCAAGCGGAGCAGCAUCCUCUGCAGACCCCGCUCCAGCAUCUCCGCCGGGAGACCCAGACCGUCCAAGAAAAACGCCAGCUAUCGGAAACUACAGAAUUUCCUCUACAAUGCGCUGGAGAGACCGCGGGGAUGGGCGUUCAUCUACCACGCUUAUGUCUUCCUCCUGGUCUUCUCCUGUCUCAUACUCUCAGUCUUCGCCACCAUCAAAGAGUUCAAAAACAGCUCAGAGAGUGCCUUGUACAUCCUGGAAAUCGUGACCAUCGUGGUGUUUGGAGUGGAGUACAUCGUGAGGAUAUGGGCUGCCGGCUGCUGCUGUCGAUACAGAGGAUGGAGAGGGAGGCUCAAGUUCGCCAGGAAGCCCUUCUGUGUCAUAGACAUCAUGGUGCUGAUUGCCUCGGUGUCGGUGCUGGCCGCCGGAUCUCAGGGCAACGUGUUCGCCACCUCGGCCAUCAGGAGUCUGAGGUUCCUGCAGAUCCUGCGCAUGCUGCGUAUGGACCGGCGCGGAGGCACCUGGAAGCUGCUGGGAUCUGUAGUUUACGCUCACAGCAAGGAGCUCAUCACAGCCUGGUACAUCGGCUUCUUAUGCCUCAUCCUGGCUUCAUUCCUCGUCUACUCUGUGGAAAAAGAGUCCAAUAACGAGUUCGAGACCUACGCUGACGCUCUUUGGUGGGGACUGAUCACUCUCACCACCAUCGGCUAUGGAGACAAGGUUCCCCAAACCUGGAACGGACGCUUGCUGGCGGCCACCUUCAGCAUGAUCGGGGUGGCCUUCUUUGCACUUCCUGCCGGCAUCCUGGGUUCUGGCUUUGCCCUGAAAGUCCAGGAGCAGCACAGGCAGAAACACUUUGAGAAGAGACGCAACCCCGCCGCGGGCCUGAUCCAGGCUGCUUGGAGGUUUUAUGCCACCAACCUUUCCCGCACAGACCUGCUGUGCACGUGGGAUUUUUAUGAGCAGACUGUAGCCGUUCCGAUGUACAGGAUUAUUCCACCCCUGAAUCAGCUGGACCUGCUGAGGAACCUGAAGGGGAAGUCGUUCAGGAAGGAGUCCCAGACAGAAACCUCCCCCAGUAAUGAAAAUGCGCACAAAGACAGACUUUGCGGGUGCUGUCCGAGAACAAUUAGUCGGAAGGCCAGUCUGAAGGACAAGGUGUUUCCCAGUCCUUCUAAGACCCCCUUGUCCAAGGGGAAGGCCCAGUCUCCGGGCGCGGAGGACGGCGCCGAGGCGAGCCCCAGCAAGGUCGCCAAGAGCUGGAGCUUCACGGAGAAGAACCGAGGGCCUAAACAUGCCUUCAAAGUCCGGGGAAGCACCUCGCGCCAAAACUCCGAGGUGCUGAUUGAAAUGCAGGACGAAGACUUGGGACUGAAGCGUUCUCCAGCAAUUGAAGGUUUAAUAAAGGCGAGCCUCCCUGGAGAGGAAAUCGGGGAUGAUAAGAGCUGCCACUGCGAGUUUCUCACCCAGGAGUUACCGUCUGGACUGAAGGUCACCAUUAGGGCAAUCUGCGUGAUGAAGUUCCUGGUGUCCAAGAGGAGGUUCAAAGAGAGCCUGCGGCCGUACGACGUCAUGGACGUGAUCGAGCAGUACUCAGCAGGUCACCUGGACAUGCUGUCCCGCAUUAAAAACCUGCAGACCAGAGUUGACCAAAUAGUUGGUAAAGGUCCUAAAGCUGACGGAGAGGCUGCAGAUGACCAGAGCAUGAUGGGACGUCUUGUCAAAGUGGAAAAACAGGUGGUGUGUAUGGACAGAAAACUGGACUUCCUCGUCAAUGUGUACGUGCAGCGCAUGGGCAUCCCUCGCUCUGAAACAGAGGCCUUUUUCAACUCCAAAGAGCCGUACCCAGCCCCGCCUUACCACAGCCCGGAGGAGAGCAAGGAGGAGAAGGAGGGCAAGGAGGAGGUGAAGGAGGUGAAGGAGGAGAAGGAGGUGAAGACAUGCACGGUGGUGGAUAUCCCGUGCUCCGACGGGUCGUUGGAGAAGAAGGAUCCCUUACUGGGGCGCUCCGUGGCGAAGUCGGUGGGCACACCGUCUGGCAGUAACAGCCGCCCUUCUACCUCCUGGCAGCACCAGCUGCAGCACCCUCUGAGCCAGCCCGCCUGGAGCAGCAGCGUGGCCAACAGCCCCUCGCCGGUGGGUGGCAGCGGAGAUCACUCGCCCACGCUCUUCCGCCUCCCUCCGCCGCCCGCCCCGGUUCAUGACCGCUCCUCUUCCGGUCAGGGCGGAAGUGGCAAGGAGAGCGGCUCACACAGCAGGAGGCGCCACAGGAGGCAGCGGUGCCAGCAGGAGGCCACGGCGGUGGAGAGCGACACCUCCCUCUCCAUCCCGUCCGUCGACCACGAGGAGCUGGAGCGCUCCUUCAGCGGCUUCAGCAUCUCCCAGGCUAAAGAAGACUUCUUUGGGCCUUCUUUCUUCACAGGGUCAGGAGGAGGAGGAGCAGCAGCAGCGACUGAAAGCGGAGCAGGACCUUCACUAUGUGCCAGGGUCAGACCCUUCAUCGCAGAGGGGGAAUCAGACACAGACUCUGACCUCUAUGCGCCCUCACCGCUGUCCUUCACUGGGGAGGUGUCGUGUGGCGAGCAGGGCUGGCCGGGACUGAAGUGA